AAAUUGUUUAUACUGAAGUAGCUUCAACCGAACCCCCAGCCAAUGUCAGCAUUAUAUUGAUGUGUGAGUGAUGUGUUUCCUGUGUAGGGGAUAGUUGUGUGUAUCAGCAUCAGUUUUUUUUCGGAGUAAAAGGAGGGAAGUCGAAAUCUCGCGAAUUCGCAAUCGCUCUCCGUAAUCCGUGCUGUGUAGUGUAGUGUACCUUUUAUGUCUGAUGAUCGUCUCGUCCGCCAGUAAAAAGCUGAACAAGGAAACUAUUCAAUAGAAAAUCUCGCAUUGUACCACGGUGACAGUCAUGUUGUAUGGUUGUACUGCGACAGAAUUGUUAUUUGGUCGAAUCUGCAGCGGAGUUUUUUAAAGUGAAGUAGCACGAAAGUUGUACCGCUUACGGAUUUCUUGUGCCACAUUUUCAAGCGGAAGAGUGAAUCAUUCUGCAGUGUACUAGUGCUUGGCGGAAGACGGGUUCUUUUAUGACGUGGUUCAUUUCCAUUGUUACUCUUCCGAUGGACGGAAUACUUAGAAGUCAGUGUUUACAAAAUUUUGUUUAGCGGAUCGUGUCAUCAUCGGAAGACUAAUAUAACAAAUUGAUGUGUCGUUCUAUGGAAUGCUUUGAUAGCUUAAAGUGCGUUAAUUGAGUUUUAUCAAGUCAGGCAAAGUGGGAAAAAGUGAAAAUAAUUUGCUUCUAAGCAAACUUUUUCGUUUCUGGAUAAAGCAGCACGUUUCAUUUUUGUGUGAAGAAAUUGUUUCAAAGGAUGAUUUAGGAAAAAUAUUGCUUAGUGCAGUGUGUGAAUAAAAAAUUUUGGGAUUUUUGCCAUCCGACAAAUCACUUGACGUAAUACACGCUAUGAUUGGCAAAAUUUAGAGGGUAACAAAAACGGUGACAAACGGUCCGCCUGCCGUCGUCUCAAGGCACACUAAUCAACGCGACGGGGCUGUAGUGUAACCGUCGCGGUGGAUACGACAACCGGCCAGUACACAUCAGUUGGUCAUUCCAGCAGCAUCAGUUUUUCUGAAUAAAACGGAAAAUGUUUCAACCGAUUUUAUCUGCGUGAAUUUCGGAUCAGUAUCUGUGUUUCGGUAAAUAAAAAAGUCGGUGUUUACGAGUUAACCGGAGGCUAACAAAUGAGUGACAAGUGAGUUUCGGAUUAAACAGUUUAGUGUGAUAACACUUACAUCCGAGUCGUUUGUUUGGUUCCAUCAUAAUCAUACCUGUGAAAAGUACGCAAAUAUUCCAGCUAAAUAUCAGUGUUAGUUACCAAGUACCAAAAAACAAAGCUAUACCCUUCCUAACCUUCCAUUGGAGAUACCGCACAUCCCUAGUUCUAAGUGAAUUAAAACAAGUUCCACCACGGGAAGUGGUUCGCUAGAAGAUUUCAUAGCAAACAAAAACGCUCAUCCAAAAUGUUUAUCGAGGAAGAUGUUCACAUGGAAAGCUUCUGGGUGCAGACCGCCAUCGGGGCGAUCAAGAUCAUCGCCAUGGUCUACGAUAUCAUCACUAUGCCGAUCUACUUAAUCCUGCAGCGACCUUGGAAGCGGAGAGCCCUAGCCAAACGGGUCAAGGCCAAAAUAAUCCAACAGGAUGCGACCUCGAUCUCGUACCGUGGCAUUGACCCGCCCAACGAGAUGCACAUCAAGAUGCUCCAGAACGAAAUCAACACACUGGAACGGAUGUUCAAUUUCGUAACGAAGGUGCACAGCACCAAGCGGUGCAUCGGAACGCGCAAAAUCAUCAGCGAGGAGGACGAGGUUCAGCCGAACGGUCGAGUGUUCAAAAAGUUCAACAUGGGCGACUACAUGUGGCGAAGCUUCAUCGAGACGGAGCAUGCGGCCGCCUGUUUCGGACGUGGACUGCGCGAACUGGGCAUGGAACCACGGCAGAACAUCGUUAUCUUCGCGGAAACGCGAGCCGAAUGGCUGAUCGCAGCGCACGGUUGUUUCAAGCAGAACAUGCCGCUGGUUACGAUCUACGCAACGCUCGGGGACGAGGGAAUCACGCACGGCAUCAACGAAACCGAAGUAACGACGGUAAUCACCUCGCACGAACUGCUGCCCAAGUUCAAAUCGGUGUUGAACAUGACGCCCAAUGUGAAGAAGAUCAUCUUCAUGGAAGAUCAGCUGCACAAAAGCGAAACCACCGGCUUCAAGGAGGGCGUGGAAAUUAUUCCCUUCUCCCGGGUGGUCGAAAUCGGCGAAAAGAGUAAAAUGCCUGGUUGUUCGCCAACGCCGGACGAUACCGCCAUCAUCAUGUAUACUUCCGGUUCCACGGGUACGCCUAAGGGAGUCCUUCUAUCGCACGCCAACUGUAUCGGAACGAUGAAGAACUUCUGUGACAUUUUCAAAAUUUACCCGGAUGACGUGCUGAUCGGCUUCCUUCCCUUGGCUCACGUGUUCGAACUCCUGGCGGAAAGUGUUUGCCUGCUGACCGGUGUUCCCAUUGGUUACUCGACGCCGCUAACGUUGAUCGAUUCCAGCUCCAAGAUCAUGCGUGGCUGCAAGGGUGACGCUUCAGUACUGAAGCCAACCUGUAUGACAUCGGUGCCGCUUAUUCUCGAUCGCAUCUCGAAAGGAAUCAACGCCAAAGUGAAUGCCGAAACACCAAUGAAAAAGGCCUUCUUCAAGUUUGCUUACAAGUACAAGUCCAAGUGGGUUGCACGUGGCUUCCAGACGCCGAUUUUGGAUAAGAUCCUAUUCAAAAAGAUUGCUCGGCUACUUGGUGGACGCAUCCGCAGCUGUAUGUCCGGUGGAGCGCCGCUGGCGCCGGAUACCCACGAACAGAUUCAGCUAUGUCUGUGCGUUGAUAUGAUCCAGGGCUACGGACUGACGGAGACUACCGCUGGAGCCACCGUAACGGAUAAAUGGUGCAUGGAAUACGGCGUAGCUGGGGCGCCUUGCUCCAGUAAUGAUAUUCGGUUAAUCAACUGGGAAGAGGGCAACUAUCGGGUGACGAACAAACCAUACCCGCAGGGUGAAAUCGUUGUUGGCGGUACGACCGUGUCCAAGGGUUACUACAAGCUGCCGGGCAAAACCGAAGAGGAAUUCUUCGAGGAGGAUGGUCAACGGUGGUUCCGAACGGGCGAUAUUGGUGAAGUUCAUCACGAUGGUGUGCUGAAAAUCAUUGAUCGAAAGAAGGAUUUGGUCAAACUGCAAGCCGGUGAGUACGUUUCGCUGGGCAAGGUGGAAGCCGAGCUGAAAACCUGUCCGGUGGUGGAGAAUAUCUGUGUCUAUGGGGACUCGACCAAGCAGCAUACGGUCGCACUGGUUGUGCCGAAUCCGCAGCACCUUGAGGAAAUUGCCGAACGGCAAGGUAUUAAGGAUAUGGAGUUUGAGCAGCUGUGCAGCUCGCCGGUAAUGGAGAAGGCUGUGGUGCAGGAACUGGCGGAUCACGGCAAGAAAUGUAAACUGCACCGCUUCGAGAUCCCGACGGCCGUAACGCUCUGCAAGGACAUCUGGACGCCGGAUAUGGGCCUGGUAACGGCCGCCUUCAAGCUGAAACGCAAAGACAUCCAGGAGCGCUACAAGAACGAAAUCAGCCGAAUGUACGCAUCGUAGGCUACAACAACGGCAGCAACAGUGUGCUACUACUAGAACAGAACAGAACAUCACCUACGCGCCAACGUCGACGCCGUUUCCGCCACCAUCGAUUUGUGACCGUGUCUGCCGGUCGUCGGUGCACCGAGUGUACCGUUUUGGACUGCCGGGCGGUGUUGAUGGUGUUAUAUCAUCGAUCGAUUAUAAUCGCUUCUUGAAUUGGAGAAGUCAUCGGAUUUCUUAGAAAACUAAAAAGAAUAUUGAGUUUUAGUUCCCGUUCCGGGGAAUGUACAAUGUGAAAACUUAUGUUUGACAAUGUUUGUCGAAAUUUCAUUUCAUUCUGCUCGUUUGACAUAGUAUGUGAACGAUAUUAGUUUGUUUUUUGUGCUAUUUUUUGUUCAAUUUUUCUUCUAGACCUUUAUGAGUCUAUUCUCUUAGUUAUAUUGAUUUAUUUCACAACCAAGAAAUUGUACUUGCUCGACUUUUCAAAUAAUUCAACCGAAUGUAAUAAAGAAUGAGUGAGUGGUACAUAUACGGAAUAGAUGGUAUUUGUUGUUAAGCAAGUCACUUAAUGACUUUCGAAAAAAAUCAGUUGCUAGUAAAAAUGCGAAAGAAAGUGGACGUUAUGUAAAGUAUUAUAGGUAUUGUUAACGCUAACAAAUUCAAGCCUAGAAAUAGAGUCAAAAUAUUCUAUUCUCGGCAGAAAAAAAGCUAGGAAAUUCAUAAUAAAACUGCUAAAAGGCAUGUCGAGAACCAACAACUAUGGAAACAUUUCAAUGUGAUCUAUAUCCUAUGAACUGAAACCUGCUGUUCACCAGUUGGGAAGUAAAUCCUUCUAUGCAAAUAGCGUAUUGUAUAUAGAAAAGUACACUGAACUACUAUACUUUAACCAAUACAUCGUAGCCGGAGAAGGGAGAGAUUAGCACCAUACGCGACAACCAUUGCAUCCCGGGAAGACGACCGACGGAGUCUGAUUAGUUUAGUAUAGACAAUUGCUGCUAGGUGGAUAGGGCUUGCCCGUAGGCAGGCUGGCCCGUUUUGUAAAUAUUUAUAUAUUCACUUCCUUUAGAGUCCAUCUGUUCGUAUACACUUUUGUAUCUUCCUGUUGUAUUCUUCAGCCAUCGCCACGAGAGGGCUGCAGCUUUAAAGCGUGUAGUUGACAGGUGUCUUGGCUAAAUAGACAGCAGCGCUCCGCGGUGAAGGUAGUCAGAUUUCGAACUAACAAACGUAUCGUAAUAAAUGCACGCCAACAAACAGGCAUCAUCAGCAAGCAGAAAAAGUCAAUUCUACGUCACCGAAAAAAUGCAAUUUUUACCUUGUUUUGUUUUACACAAGCAGCUUAUUUUACAAAGAUGAUCAAAUUUAUGCGUCCUAGCAAUUGCAUUCAACCAUUGAUUAGCGAUUAUAUAAUAUUUAUUGUUUUCAUUAAUUCUAAGAUCAUUAAACACAUUUUAUCGACGGUUUUCUGUAGUACUUUCAAUUUGAUUUUUUUUGUCGAUUCACAGUAGGCUAUCAUUUGCUGUAAUUAAAAACAAAGAAACAAUAAUCAAAUGGAGGCAAAGAAAAACAGCGCUAACCAGUGAAAACAAUAAAAAAUGCUAGAAUAAACUGCGGUAUGGUGUAAUUUAGAAACGGAGUAAAGAAAGUGAAACCGGGAAUAAAACCUAGUAAGUAAUUUCAUUAAAUCCAGUAAGAAUAAGCAAAACAGCAACACAUGGUGGAAUAAAACACAAAUGGACUGUAAUUGA